AUGAAUCAACGAACAACUGCUGCAGUUCGAACACCAGCUGGAUGUACAACACCGUUUGAAGUGGUAACUGGAGUAAGACAACGGACAGUGGCAGAACCUUUCCUGUUCAAUUUCGCAAUCGACGACAUUAUGCGAAGAACAGUCGACCAGUGUCCUGCCGACAUUGUCUUAGCACCAUCAGGGUGCCCCUUGACUGACCUCGAGUACGCCGACGAUGUUGUUAUAUUCGCGGAAAGCAGUACGAAACUUCAGCAUGUUGUCAACCUUGUAUCGAAGCUGGCUGCAGCCUAUGGACUACGUCUACGCCCUGAUAAAUGCAAGCAGAUGUGGAUUUCUUCGAGACCACGAACGGGAAUCAGGGUGGACGGACAACCGAUAGAACUCGUGUGUACUGCAAGAUCAAACUCGUGCGAACUCAAGACCCGCGAGGUAACACUUUACUCUACUAUUCAGGCACCGAACCUCCUAAAUUGUGACAAUUAA